AUGAACCCCAAGUGUGGCGUUUGCAACAAGACCGUGUACCCCGUGGAGAAGAUCAGCCCGGGUAACGGCAAGAACUACCACAAGCUGUGCUUCAAGUGCUCGGUGUGCAAGAUCACGCUCAACCUGAAGAACUUCAAGUCGCACGAGGGUACCCUCUACUGCCCGGUCCACUACGCGCCCGCGCAGGUCGAGGUGAGGUCGUUCGAAUCCGAGAGGAAGGCCGACCAGGGCGAGUACGCCAGCAACCCCUCCUCCACCCAGGCCGCGGCCGGUGGUGCCUGGGGCCAAUCGACUCCCGAUUCUGGCGAGUACGGCGGCGGCAACAGCGCUGCUGCUGGCGGCUACGAUCAGGGUGGAUAUGACCAGGGCGGCUACGAGCAGCAGGGCGGCUACGAUCAGGGUGGCUACCAGCAGGAGUACUACGAGUAA